CCAUAUGUUGAGACAUUCAGAGAGGAUCUACCAGGAGAGUGACAAGAGGAUAAGAGUUUAGCAGCCACCGCCUCUGGAACGGUAGUGAGUCUGUAUAUUAGUGCAGACCGUCACCUAUCUUUGUACAGUUGUUUCAAGGCACAGAGAUAAGAGGUUGUGCUGUCUGCUUCCCCUCCAGUUGAGAUCAAUAGAUCUGUGUCCAUGGAUAGGCCGGUCAGCUCCCCCGAACCAUCACACGCCGCCGCCGCAGUAUUGACAAAUAAUGGCAUGUAAAGAUACGUAUGAUCACAGUCCGUGGGGCCAGCUGAAUUCAAAUGAGCAGCUAAAAAGCGUUUGAUUUUUGUCGCAGUGUGUUUGGCAUUGAAUAAUGCAAAUGGUGGACGGUGUGUUGUAUCAUGGACAGACAGGAGUGUAAUCUCAGUGGUAGACAGGAGAUUUGGUACUAUAUCUAGCAGCCUUGCUGCUUGGAGUGUUUAGUGUGGUGAGAGAGUCUGGGUGCCCAUGGUAGCAGAACUGUGAACACAGGAGCUACUGUCUGCAAAGCCACAACAUCCUCAUCCAGUACUGCUGAUGUAUCCACUACACCCUCUAUAGUCUGCGAAUUCCUCCCUGCUUCCUGAAUGUUGAUGGGAGAAGUUUUACAUCUGUGGACCAUUGUAUCUCUGGAGACUUCAUUCAGAAUAAUAAAACAGUAUAGAAACAGAAAAGACAGCGUGAGAGUCGCUUGUUAAGCGGGGAACGUAGCUGAGGGGGCUGUAUCAGCACAAUGGAUCUGACAGGAGACUACAACCUCCCCUAUGCUUUCUCUAUAUGUUUUAUUGUGAUGCUGCUAUUCUUCGUGGCAGAGGGAUCAGAAUCUCAGAACCAGAAACGAUGCACACAAAUUGUCAAAGAGGAGCGUGUGCGAUAUGUUCUCAAGAAGAUUUCAGUAACAAGGAAGAUUCCAGCCAGGUGUUCGAGCUGGGACAGAGACUGGGCGUGGUUAACAAACAAAGAUUGCUCAGACAAGUACAGAGUGGAGUAUAUGAAUGAUAAGAGACAGGUGAAGUUUACCACUUACCGAACUGAACAGGUGUGCUGCCCAAACGAGAAUGGAAGCUGGUGUAAUAUAUCUGUAGCUGACUCUCGCCGACCAGGGGAACCGGGAUAUACUACAGAGACGCACACCCUUCUGACGGUGCUGCUCCCAGUUGUCGCCACACUGGCCUUCAUCUUCAUUGUUUCCAUCUCCAUCAUCGCUUACGUCAUCAUCCGACAGAAACGCAGAAGAGCCGGAAACGGAACGACGGCUGGCAAGCAUUCCUACGAGUCGGUAAAGGGAAACGACUCCAAGAAAGGUAACGCCAAGUCUGGCCAGUCUGGGAAGGAGAAGCUGGGAUAUGAGGCUGUCAGUGGACAGGAGAAAGGGGAAGGCUGUGCCCAUGGGGAGAUUCCGUACUCAGUGGAAGUGGUGGAUGGGGGCCCUGAGCGCCUGGCCCUGACCACAGAACUUCUGGGACUACCCCACCCACAGCCUGUGGAUCUCGGUGACACUCCAGUCACUGCAGUGGAGUGUACAGACAAUACUACUGCACUGGACAGGUUCAAAGAUAUUGACAAAGAGACGGCUAUAGACAAUGCCCUUCUCUACGAUAUACUAAUCGAGGGCCAGAAUAACUCUGGUUCUCAGCCCACUGCCCCAAGCUUAGACCAGUUCGCCACGUGAUGUUGGCAUAUACCUUGGGGAGGUGACAGUUCCAUGCAUACGUGGCUCAAUGUUGUCUACAGGAGGUAGUGGUGCCAACGGGUAAAUCUUGGAGAGUCAUGGCAGUUGUACUCAGCCAAACUUCACCACAGUCUCAGCCCUGACUACAACAACAAUAAUGGUGCUGACAUUCUUGAUUCAGGAUGUUAACUCUGAAGAUUCACUACACAAUGGUAACUGGAUGCUGUUUGAUGGAAGCGGCUUCCACAAGAAUCUUGCCAUUUCCAGCAGAUCAUGCCUAAUUGAUCCUGCAUGUACAUAGUUAUGUCACAUGAUGUCCAGAUUUAACUGUGAUUGGUUGGAAGAGAAACUGAGCAUAUGAUUGGUUAACAGGUACAUGUACACAUACUAAUCUGAUUGAACAGCCAGGCUGUUUAAUUUUAAUUGAUUGGCUGAUACAUCGAAAAAAAUGUGAACUUUACUUAAUGAGAUGAUGUACUUUGUGAAGUAGAUAAGUGUAGAUGUAUCUGAGAUGCUGAAUUUGGUAUGCAAGUGUUAAAUGUCUCACAGGGUGAACUCACAUGUGCUUGUGUCACCCAUCACAGUGGAUGCCCUCAGUUACUGUGUGAACAAUAUAUUUGUAUGAAUAAAUGGGAGAAAACCAAAAUGGGAGAUGUGCAUGCAGGUCAACAUUUGGAAUAUUCCUCAUAAGUUUCUGUGGUGCAUUCAACUUUAUACGAGGACCCCCAUGGUGAUUUAACGUUUUAGCACUGCUUUUCUGUUCACUUGAAUCAGGUGACUUCAACAUACUAAAAGUGACUGUGCGGGAGUGUAAAAGAGAGAAAGAUAAUUGACCAAUCAAAGUUGAGAAUGGAGAACGUGCAUGCUCAUUCCAUCCAUAACUUCAGAUGAAAUUCAUUAAAAAUUACUCAUUUUUCUGCUCUCAAUGCACAAGAAUACAUGUUCACAAAAUCGUGUCACAUUGGCAAGAUGUUAACUGAAUAUAAUUUUCCUCGUCUAUACUCUGUUACUCACGUGUAUGUUAAUAGCUAGGAGCUGUAAAUGCCUGGUCUUAGAGAUUUGUUUUUCAUAUGUUCCCUACGUGUAAAGAUUUGAACUGUUCCAUCCAACUCAAAAACAUCAAUAUAUAAAUAUUAUGUUCACUUUAGGUAUUGUUUAUCAACAUGUGAAUAUUAUCCAGACACAAUUGUGCUGAGAAGUGGCUAUAGGUCCAGCAGAGAAGAGGUUUGAGUUGUUACUUCAGCCUGUCUGUGUCCACACGAGAUGUCAGUGCUAACCAGGACCAUUGUCUCUCCACAGAAAUACCACAGAUCUCUAUGUGUUUACUGCAAUCACCUGUUCUGUUCAUCUCAUCUAUUGGUCAUUGUUGGCAGUGUUCUGUUUUGUUGAAUCUCUGGGUUGUGUUCUGUUAACCAUAUGCAUUGUUUUCAUUUCCUGCUGUGAUUGUUUUCAGUUUUGAAAUGUAUUUUAUGCUUUUGGAGAUAUUUGAUUUUUAUUCACAAUAGUUGUACAGGUAAAUGUAUUUGGAGAGCAUAAAGAUUUUUUUCAUGGAGGAAAAAUAAAUUGUUUUCUAUGUACAUUAAUACAUUAAUUUACUAAAUGCUGUUUUUGCCAAAGUCUAUAGAUGAAAUACUUCUAAAACCUUUUUUUAAAAUCACUAAGUUUUAAGCUUAGUUAUUAUGACAAAAGAAAAUGUUAAACUAUUCUGGAUUUGAUUGUUUCUUGAUUCUGUGAUAUCAAAUAGAUUGAAUAAGAGUAUGACAUUUUACACAACAUAAAUAUCUUUUCUUAACAAAAAACUCAGUGGUUUAAUAGCUGCUGUGAUAGGAAAUGAGACUAGAACUUGAGGCUUUAAACAGUCCUAUUUUUAGCAUAUCUACUACUUGCAUUUAAUUCUCCUCAGAUUAUAUUGGGCAUACCCACUCUUAACUUUCACCGAUACAAGUUUGGGCAUAUCAGAUAUUCCCAUUUACAUCCAUACAAUAUUUGUACACCAAAUAAUGUUUGGAUGACAUCAAAAUUAUCAGGUAGAACAAGUUGCAUUGGUAAAUUUCUUUGUUACUUCAGUUUUUUUGUUUACACUGUACACAUUCAUUUCGUUCAUGCAUUUGCUGAUCCAUUUUGCUCCCAUUAUAUUUUAGAAACAUUCUUUUCUUCAACCACAAAGGGCUACCAGCAUAUUUAAAACUCGACUGUGUUGCAACUCCAGUUGCCAAACCAUUGAACUGCCAAUCUAAAUUAAAUAUGGACGCACUUACUUUGUUUUAUAAACUGUAGCAUUUUUCUUUAUUCAGCAGGAUACUAGCCUGUCAGAGAAAGCAGAUAACCAGAUUUUAUUUGCUUCUUUUUUAUUUUUCAUUUUGUUACUCCAUUUUAGCAUGCAUUUUAUUUCCACACCAAAACUAUAUUUGAACUGUGUUUUAGUGUACUAAAGGGUAAUUCAUGAGUGCAAUUACCCAAUUUGAAAGAUUUAGCCAUUGAUCAAGUUCAUGGCUUAAUGUUCUCCAAAAGUAAACAUAAGUUUCAUGUCAAAGGAACUCCAUUUUAUUUGUUGUGUAGAUAUUCAACUUUCCGAUUUCAGAUAUGAUAUUGAUCUUUUGGACAGAAGGUAAACUCAAAGCUGAAUGUGAUCUCAGCGUGUGAAAUGUUUCAUCUAAAUAUUUGAACAAAACUUAAAUGAGCAAGUUUUCUCAAGAUCAAAACAUGACUUGAAUCUGUGUAAAAAUGAAGUUCUGUGUAAAUAACGGACAUAAAAAACUAACUGACAGAAUACCAGAAAUUGUUCUGGAUAAACCUGUAAAGUCAGUCGUCUUAAAUUGUGUUUUACAGCUUUCCCUCCAUUCAUUUCCUGUGUAAAAUGGAAUGAUCUGGAGGAGGGAGAAAACACCAGUAAAUAUUUUAUUGCACUAUUUGUACUUGUUGAAUUGAAAAAAGUGAAUUAUUUGGAUGUUCAUGUUAGAAUUGGUUUGUUUUUCAUUUUUCAAUGGCUGUGAAUGAAAUAAUCUGUCCUGUGGACCAUCUGUUUCACCAAAGUAACAUCAAGAAACUGCACCAUGUAAGAAAGCUAUGUGGUUUCAGUUAGAUCUCGAAAUUCUUGUCAAGAAUAUUUGUCUCACAACAUACAUGUAUGUUUUUCAUUUAUUUAAAAAUCUCCCAAUUGUUUUUUUUUUUAUGUAGUAUUUACUUCAUUUGUAUCCAUGCUCCGUGCUGCUUUUGUCCAUUUUAUGACAUUUACCCUCCCUAACAAGUCCCGUUCUUUGUGUUUUAUACUUUUUGUUUAUUUCACAAUCAGAUUACUCUGAUUUUACUCAUUGUAAUAUUUUGUGAACAGUUUUGUAUUCAAGUGCCUUUGUCAGUGUUAUGGCAUGGUUUCUGUGCUUUUAGUUGCACCAUGAUUUAUGGGUGAUGUCAUUGGUCAAAAGUGAAAUGCUGAAUAUUCAAACCAUUCUAUGCUAAUUGUGAUUCGGGCAUUUCCGGGAAAACUGUUACGUUUUCUGGUAUAUGAGGUGUUCUGUUUCAUUUGUUUGUUUCUGCAUUUCCUUUCCUUUUUGUUAAUAUAUAUAAUUGUUAAUAUAUUGUUUAGAUUGAAGAUAUCGAGCAUUUUGUGUGUUUCAUGAUGCUUCCAAUAAAUGUACAGAUUUGUUUCUAUG